GCAGACAUCCUGGAUCAUUCUUGUUUCCUGGCACAUAAGCUCAUCACUGGUCUUGCUAGAUCUGGAUAUAUAACAACCUGAACAAUCAGAAUACAACCUUGAUAACCCAAUUAUGACCACUGGCUGUUCACCGACUCCUUCAGUCCCUCCUACAAUCAAUGUAGUCUUUACCUGGAGAGCGGGCAUACUUCAUUAGAGGAAAGGAGCUUUAUAACUAUAUGUGUCUUCAGUACUGCUGACAUAAUGAGUUCCAAAACAGUUCUGCAGGAUAAAACCCCACGCCAGUCAACAUCCUGAUGUUUUAACUAAACAUGGAAACAUUGGAGUCAGAACUAACCUGUCCAAUAUGCCUGGAAUUGUUUGAGGACCCUCUCCUCCUUCCUUGUGCCCACAGCUUAUGCUUUAGCUGUGCCCAUCGAAUACUAGUUAGUGGAUGUGCAACCAGUGAAAUAGUGGAACCUGUUACAGCUUUCCAGUGUCCAACCUGUAGAUAUGUCAUAUCUCUCAACCAUCGUGGCUUGGAUGGGCUGAAGCGUAACGUUACAUUGCAGAACAUUAUCCAUCGUUUUCAAAAGGCUUCUUUGAGUGUACCCACUUCCCCUAGUGACCACCAUAAGGAAAAGAUAUAUAAAAGUGUCCCAGUCAUGGCUACUGAAAGGAUCCCUUGUCAGUUUUGUGAAGCCGACCCACCAAGAGACGCAGUAAAGACAUGUAUAACAUGUGAGGUCUCCUAUUGUGACCGGUGUCUGCGUGCAACUCACCCAAACAAGAAACCUUUCACUAGUCAUCGGUUAGUGGAGCCUGUGCCAGAUGCUCAUUUUCGAGGACUAGUUUGUAUGGAACAUGAGAAUGAGAAGGUAAACAUGUACUGUACAGCAGAUGAUCAACUUAUCUGUGCCUUAUGCAAACUGGUUGGUAGGCACAGAGAACAUCAGGUGGCUUCACUGAGUGAACGAUUUGAAAAAGUCAAGCAAACUUUGGAGUCAUAUCUGUCUAAUUUGGUCAAGCACAGCAGUGAACUUGAAACCCAGAUGGCCAAACUUAUUCAAAUCUGCCAACAAGUUGAGGUUAAUACCAGUAUGCAUGAAGCAAAGCUCAAUGAGGAAUGUGAUGAAUUAAUGGACAUUAUACAAAGAAGAAAGCAGAUGAUUGCUGUCAAAAUUAAAGAGACAAAAGUGAUGAAGUUAAGAAAGCUUGCUCAGCAAAUAGCCAAUUGCAGACAGAGACUCGAACGUUCCACAGUAUUAAUCAAUCAGUCAGAUCAUAUUCUUAAGGAGAAUGAUCCUGCAAGGUUCCUGCAAGCUGCGAAAACUGUAGUGGAGAGAGUCUCUAUGGCAACUACAUCGUCUCAGGUUCUAAUCCCUGAUGUCAAUUUAAACGAUGCCUUUGAAAACUUUGCUCUGGAUUUCUCCAGAGAGAAGAAAUUAUUAGAAGGACUUGACUACGUAACAGCACCAAACCCACCUUCCAUCAGAGAAGAGCUGUGCACUGCCUCUCAUGACACAAUCACAGUUCACUGGAUGUCAGAUGAUGAAUUCAGUGUUGGCUGCUAUGAGCUUCAGUACACCAUCUAUACCGGGCAAGCAAAUUUCAUAAGUCUGUACAGUUCAAUGGACAGUUGGAUGAUUGUGCCUAACAUCAAGCAGAACCAUUAUACUGUGCAUGGACUCCAGAGUGGAACACGGUACAUCUUCUUGGUCAAAGCCAUUAACCAAGCUGGGAGCAGACACAGUGACCCUGCAAGGCUCAAGACUAAUAGUCAGCCUUUUAAACUUGACCCAAAAUUUGCUCACAAGAAGCUAAAAAUAUCAAAUGAUGGAAUGCAGAUGGAAAAGGAAGAGAGUUCUCUGAAAAAGAGCCACACACCUGAAAGGUUCAGCGGAGCUGGUUGCUAUGGAGCUUCUGGAAAUGUAUUUAUCGAUAGUGGAUGUCACUAUUGGGAGGUAGCCGUGGGGAACUCUACAUGGUAUGCAAUAGGAAUUGCUUAUAAGUCUGCCCCAAGGAAUGAAUGGAUUGGAAAGAACACCUCUUCAUGGGUCUUCUCUCGUUGCAACAAUAACUUUCUCGUGAGACACAAUAACAAAGAAAUUAUUUUGGACGUUCAUCCACAGCUUAAGCGCUUAGGUGUUCUUCUUGACUAUGACAACAACACAUUUUCUUUCUACGAUCCAGCCAAUUCCCUUCAUCUAUAUACUUUUGAGAUCUCUUUUAUUCUUCCUGUAUGCCCCACCUUCACUAUAUGGAACAAGUCUUUGAUGAUCCUCUCAGGACUCCCGGCACCUGAUUUUAUGGACCCAUUCACACCUCAGCAACAAGAGUGUAUUGGUAGACUGCAAGAAUCGCCAUAUGUUUCUGGACUAAAGGCUUGUCAAUAAAUCCCAAGCUAGUAUCCUAUGGCUCUGUAAUAGUAACCUAACACUGUUUGCUAACCUUUAAUAUAAAGAGGAGGUCCAGGAAGGAUCAUUUGAAUUUAGCACAGUAAGCCAAAAACUAUUAAAUGCUCCUCCCUCUUACAAGAACUUCUCACCUACCUUAAACUGUAGAUAUUCUAAAGGUGGAUUGUUAAGUCAUUUAGCUAAGUAUUCAAAUUAUAGCUAUCACAAUGAUAUUUAUGUAGGGGUCUCUUGAUUCAGCCCAAUGUUUGCUAAAUAUGCUGUAUUUCACAAGAUACAAUGGUUACUUGAGCAAACUACAAAAUGUCUUCCAGGAGUAGAAGAUUUACUUUAUGUAUUGAAAUAUUUAAUCUGCCUGACUUGGUUUAAAGAUAAUGUGCUAUGAUUAGUAUCCAAUGUAUUGAAGAAAUAUGAAGGUGAUUGUGUUUGUCUUACUGUUUAAAUUUGUAUUCUUAAAAGCACAAAGUGUAUUAAAAUGUUGGGCUGAAUUGC